GGAUAAGUUUUUAAUUUAAUUUGAAAUAAAAGAGAAUUUUUUAUCUCAAAUAAUUUAGGAGAUUUACCUCGGUUUAUGGAUCCGUUUCUUUGACUUAGAAGUCUUUGUAUUUUUUUAAGACUUGAAGAUGGAUGAUUACGAGAUUGGAUUGAUGAUUUUGAGUCGUUCCCCGAAGUGGCAACAACUCAACAAUCCCGACGGCGGAUCGUUCCGGAAAAGAUCCACUGUCGAUGUCGAGGUUGAGGUCGACGAGACUAUCGGUUCUACCGAUCAAACCCCUCCCUUCAACUUUGCGGAUUCCGAUGACGAGGACCCCAUUCCACGGCCGAUCGGAAGAAAGAAGGCAAAAUCCAUUGCCUCUGGUUCGGGAGGGCCCGCCUCUGUUUCCGCUUCUUCCCGCGACGAAAUCGGCCGGACAAUGAUUGAACAACUUCGGGCGUUCAAUCUCCAAGAACAAGAGAGGUUGAAGCUAAAGGAGGAGUUGAAGCUAAAGGAGCAGGAGGCCGAGAUGAAAAACGCAGUGCAGGAUAACUGGCUCCACCGAGUGAACUCAGAGAGCUCAAAGUCUCAAACCCUUGCGCGCAGAUCCAGAAAGCAGAAAUCCGAAAUUAUGGAUUUCUCGUCUCAGCAGCAACAACAAUACCAGUAUUGGCAAUUGCAAUCUCAAUCCUAUGAUCCAUCCGCCUACAACUAUCAUCAUCAUCAAUCCUAUUACCACCAACAAUACCCAAACGGCGGCUGUGAUUACACCAAUCAGCAGAAUGCCCAACAACCACAAGAAAAAAACCACCAACAUAUUCAUCCCCCGGGGGUUUCGGAUCCAUCUUCCACGGGCUUGUGUGCGCCAAGUCAGGAGAACCCAUAUCAGCUUCAGGCGCAACAAGGAAGUGGGGAUCCCUCUGUGGCGGCGACCAUGACCUAUCUGACCCCUGGGUUGCAGCAGGGGCACCAAUGGUAUUCGCAGCCGGACCCUUAUGCUCCUUCUAUUGGUGGUCCAGGUUUGGCUAUUGGAGUAGGCUCGCAGCCUUAUGUGCUACAUACUUCAGUGGCUUCCCAGGCUCCACAGAAGUUUGGCAAUCAAAGGGGAGGCCGGCCAUUACGGGGAAAAUCUUUACAUGGAAAGGGACACAGUCAAGGCAGAGGUGUUUCUACGGUGUCGUCAUCCUCCAUCACUGAUGCUUCAGCUGGCAAUAACCAGCAGGCAAAAGUCUUUAGGUGUGAAGUGUGCAAAGCUGAUUGCACUAGUCUCGAAGUCCUUGAACAGCACAACCAUGGAAAGCGGCAUAUGAAGAACUUGAGAAAGUUGGAGUUGUCGAAACGGUUAGCUGAAGUCCAAAAUGGCAAGAAAAUUGUUGCUGAUCCAGGGAAGACUCAAAAUUCACUUCAGGUUGAAGAGAGCAAGCCGGGCAUUUCCAUAAAACCAUCUCAAUCUCUUGAACAUCAAGCUGCAGUACAAGGUGAAGAUGGAAAACAUGAAUUGGAAAAUCCUGAUGUGCCAGUACCUUUGGAGGCACCCAAAGUAAUUGAUCAAAGGCGCGGAUCAAAACGUGCAAUACGAGGAGGUGGUCGCGGUGGGAAGCGAAUGAGAGUUUCUGGGCCGUCGUCAGAAAGGGGUCCUCCAAAGCCUAAAGUUGUAAUUCCUUUAGUAUGUGAUUUGUGUAAUGUCAAGUGCGAUACACAGGAAGUUCUGGACCGUCACCUUUCUGGUAAAAAGCACUUAUCGAAGCGCAAGCACUUUGAAGCUCACCAAGCUAUGUAUGGACCUCUCGAGCUUCAAGUCCUGUACCCACCCAAUCCCAUCACGCAAUCUCUGCUCCAAUCACAACAACCCCUCUCUGUUCCCCAUGAAACAUCUGAACCUUCAGCACCAGCAGCACCAUUGCCGCCUUUGACUUCUCAAUCUCAAAAUACUGCACCUUAAGCGUCGUGUACUAUUUACAUUGUGAAUACUGGGUCUAUUCUACUACCCCCAGGAACAAUCACUAGUUUGGUGGAAGCUAUUUUUGGAUGAGUAGGCGAGGCCAUCUUGGGCAGCAAACACCAAUGGAAAAAAUUUGUCUGCAAAUGUCAUUCUUACUGUCGCAUGAGAAGAGGCUUAAAUGCAUUUACUGCCAUGACUUCUUUUGUUUAUUAUUUUGCCAUUACUUCAGAAAUAAUUAGCCUUGAAUCCCUUGAUCUAUAGGAUCAAGAAUCACUGACCUAAUAUCUGGCAAUUU